ACUCCAUCCAAUUCCUUUUUUUGAAUAACUACAUAAGCAAAAAAAUUAAAAAGAACGGACCCCUUUGCCAAUUGAUGAAUAACUACAUGGAGUAUUAUUUUUCUUGAAUAAAAAAUGGGUUAUAUUACUUCCAGACACGAAUAUAGUCCAAACCCAACCCAAAUUUAGAUGAUUAAAAUAAACAAAUCCAAUGCAUUGUACCGAAUUAGUCCCCCAUUUCCAGUUUCCUCUGCCGUUUUAUUUAUUUAUUUUAUUUCCUAAGCUCUUUACUGAUCAUUCUGUGUUCCUCCAUCACUGAGAAGAAUCUGAACACGCUGCCGUUUUGCUCUCCACACAUUCAGCAGUGCAGGAAAAUACUACUUAGUUCUUUGAUGCAGACAUAUGGCAACACUUAGCGAUAUAGGUGUGGCGGCUGCAAUUAACAUCCUGAGUGCAUUUGCCUUCUUGGUUGCAUUUGCCAUCCUUAGGCUACAACCUGUCAACGAUCGGGUAUACUUCCCAAAAUGGUAUCUAAAGGGGGUCAGGAAUAGUCCACUACACUCUGGGACAAUAGUACACCGAUUCGUCAACUUGGACUUCCAUUCCUACUUGAGAUUUCUUGACUGGAUGCCUGCUGCUCUGCAAAUGCCCCAAGCUGAGCUUAUUGAUCAUGCAGGCUUAGAUUCUGCAGUUUACUUGAGGAUUUACUUGAUAGGGCUUAAAAUAUUUGUUCCGGUUGCUAUCAUCGCUUUUACCGUCAUGGUUCCAGUUAAUUGGACGAAUCGCACCCUGGAGGAAUCUAAUUUGACUUAUAGUGAUCUAGACAAGCUUUCAAUAUCAAACAUACCAAUGGGGUCACAGAGAUUCUGGACUCACCUGGUAAUGGCUUACCUUUUCACCUUCUGGACAUGUUAUGUGUUAAAGAGAGAGUAUGAGAUUAUUGCAUCCAUGAGGCUACACUUUCUCGCAUCACAUCAUCGUCGCCCGGAACAGUUUAGUGUUCUAGUGAGGAAUGUGCCACCAGAUCCUGAUGAAUCAGUUAAUGAGCUUGUGGAGCACUUUUUUAUGGUCAACCAUCCAGACUACUAUCUCACUCAUCAGGUCGUAUACAAUGCAAACAAACUGUCAGAACUUGUCAAUGAGAAGAAGAAAAAACAGAAUUGGCUUGAUUACUAUCAACUAAAGCAUGCAAGAAAGCAGUCUCAAAGGCCAAGAACUAAGGGUGGUCUUCUUGGCUGCUACGGUAAGAGUGUGGAUGCAGUUGAUUUCUAUAUUUCUGAAAUUGAAAGACUUUCAAAGGAGAUUUGUACAGAGAGAAUGAACAUUAUAGGGAAUAGCAAGUAUAUUGUUCCAGCUGCAUUUGUUUCCUUCAAGACAAGAUGGGCAGCUGCAGUUUGUGCACAAACUCAACAGACUAGAAACCCAACCAACUGGUUGACUGAGUGGGCUCCGGAGCCUCGUGAUGUCUACUGGGACAAUCUGGCGAUUCCCUAUGUUUCACUUACAAUCAGAAGGCUCAUAGUUGCUGUGUCAUUCUUCUUCCUCACCUUUUUCUUUAUGAUCCCAAUUGCAUUUGUGCAGUCUCUUGCUAACAUUGAGGGAAUUGAAAAGGCUUUUCCCUUCCUUAAGGGCAUAAUUGAAACGAAAGCUGUGAAGUCUUUCAUCCAGGGAUUUCUUCCCGGCAUCGCUUUGAAGAUUUUUCUCAUCUUUUUACCCUCAAUAUUGAUGUUAAUGUCAAAAUUUGAAGGAUUCAUCUCCAUAUCAUCCCUUGAGAGGAGAUCUGCAACACGAUAUUAUAUUUUUCAGUUCAUCAAUGUGUUUCUUGGAAGCAUCAUAACAGGGACUGCUUUUCAACAACUAAACAACUUUAUCCAUCAAUCUGCAAAUGAAAUCCCAAAGACAGUUGGUGCAUCCAUCCCAAUGAAGGCAACCUUCUUCAUAACAUAUAUAAUGGUGGAUGGAUGGGCAGGAGUUGCUGGGGAGAUUCUGAGGUUGAAGCCUCUAAUCAUAUAUCAUUUGAAGAAUUUCUUAUUGGUGAAGACUGAAAAGGAUAGAGAAGAAGCAAUGGAUCCUGGGAGUCUAGGUUUCAACACCGGAGAGCCACAAAUCCAGCUUUACUUCCUUCUUGGCCUUGUUUAUGCUGUUGUGUCUCCUAUUCUGCUUCCUUUCAUUAUAGUAUUCUUCAGCCUAGCAUAUGUCGUAUAUCGCCAUCAGAUAAUCAAUGUGUACAACCAAGAGUACGAAAGUGCAGCAGCAUUCUGGCCUGGGGUGCAUGGGCGCAUAGUGACUGCUCUUAUUGUCUCACAACUGCUUCUAAUGGGACUGCUAAGUACAAAAAGUGCCGCUCAUUCAACACCACUUCUUAUUACACUUCCAAUAUUGACCAUAUGGUUUCAUUUGUUCUGUAAAGCCCGUUAUGAACCGGCUUUCGUCAUUUACCCCUUACAGGAGGCGAAGAUGAAAGAUACUCUGGAACGUACAAAAGAACCAACCUUGAACUUGAAAGAGUACCUCCAGAAUGCAUACAUCCACCCAGUGUUCAAUGGCGGAGAUGAGAGCGAUGGUGGCGAAAAGGGUAGUAGUGAAGAUGAGAUGAAGGAACCCAGGCUUGUUCCAACAAAGCGGCAAUGUAGCAACAAGAGUCAGUCCUCUCGUUAUCUUCUGUCCGCGUCCGACGUUGAUCCUCCCAGCUCACAUUCAUAGUAGUGUUCUUCAUUCUGCUUAUUCACCUUUCAACUGCUAAUGAGAGGGAGUAUAUCCUAGCUUAAUUAGUCUUCUUCACCAACCUUAUAUGCUCGCGGUGCAAUUCCAUUAAAUUGAUGGAUCACCAUCCUUUCUAGUUGAAUCCAGGUAUAAAAGUUUUGCUGUGGAUGACUGGUUGUGGCAGCAAAAAUGAGUAUGCCAGCUGAGUAUAGGAACUCUAUGUAAUUGAAC